UGUCCCCAUAUGUCCAAUCCAAUCAAAGGAAAAACAAAGCUCUCUACACAAAGAAAGGGCCGAUGUACGCAUCAAGAGAUUAAUAACAGAAAGAAAAGACACAAUAAAGAGAGAAGAUGGACGGAUGAGAUUUGAUCAAGGCUGCUGAAAAAAGGAUCUUGGACGGGAAGGGAGGGUUGAUUUUGGUGGUCAAAAAGGUGAGAGAGUCAAACAUUCCCUUAUUCGCUUUGUUCAGCAAACUGAGGUGCUCGAAUGGACUGGUGUGGGUAGAGAGAGUGAACCCAGAUGGCCAGGGACAUUGCUAUGGCCUUUGGAAAGUGAACACUGUCCUCGUGUUAAAAAAGAUUCUGUUGGAAAGGGAAGAUCAGAGCUUUGCGGCUUUCAGGAUCCAGUUUUUGUCAAAUGUGUCAGAUUUCACAUUGCUGAGAAGAGAAUGAGAUGGAAGCUUGAGCUGGAUUCAGUAUUUUUAUCAUUGGAGGUUUGAUCGUAUGGGUGAGGAAGUUUCACUUCAUUGGGCAUUGGAAGAAGAAAAGGGAUUCAGGGAUACAGUAAGGUCAAAUCCCCCCUCUCUAGAUUGAUUUUCAUAUUCUUGAGAAUCAUGAUGAAAAUGGAGCAUGGCCCUUGAUCCUCGUAAAAUUUGUAGAGUGGAUGGCCAAAAAUAAUAUCUUGUUCAUGUGACUAUGUUUGAAUGAUUCAAGUGUAGGAUUUUGCGGAAACCCUAAUUGUGGAGCUUUGAACCUGUUAUCAUUCCGACAGCUGCUAGAGUCUUGAGGUGCUAUCCUUACUUCUUUUAGUCGAUUUUCCGCCCAGCAUAUAUAUUGUACAUUUCAGUGAAUUAGUCUUUUAUCCCCAUCUCACGUGGCUGUUGAUAAAUUCCCCUCGUCGAAACAAAGGUUAGUGAAAUUUGUUGGUUUGUUGAUGAGUACAGGUGACUGGUUUCUAUGAAAAAUGUGAAGCUAGCUUAUGUAGAACUAUUCUAUUGGGCUUUCUGUAUAUGCAAAAACUAGUAGUCUUUCAAGUGAAAGGAUGGUUGUGCCAAGAAAUUACCAAUUUUUAUAGGGAAUUUUCCAUCUUGUUCCUUGUUGACUUAGCUUGUUCUAUGUUUAGAAAUCUAGUUUUGUGGAGCUCAGACUCUGUUGUUGUUCUCGCUGUGUAGUACGUGUUUUUUGGUUUUUGUCAUACUUGAUCUUCAUCAUGCUUUACACAUCUAUGGUCAUUGUCUAAUAAGAUUGAGUAGCUUUCAUUGUUGGUAAGCAUUUGUUGUUCACGCUGCAGAAUUUUAGUUUAUAUCAAAUUAAUUUCUUGUAGACGAAGAAGAAUCCGAGGAAUUAACGUGUAGAUUAAUUAGUUUAUUCAUUUGAAUCCCUCAAAACCUAUUGUUUUUCAGCAUCUUUAGGAGACAUAAUACGACUAAACUCGCUCCACUGUUAGGUUCGGUGUUAUAGCUUAGAGAGAUGAACAAAACAUUUCCUGAAGUGGGCAAAAAGAAGUUUAAGAUUUGAUCAAGAACCAACAUACUUUAGGCCUAAUGUAAAUUUUGAGGGCAGGAAUUGUAGCAGUCUCGUGCUUUCAGGCUUGUCUUAAUCCAUUUGACAAAAUCUAUGUCAAACUAAGUAGUAUAGGCUAGAUAUUCUUAUUGAUAAUGUGAAGCCGAAGGCAACCCUCCAAGCAUAAAGCAUGAUCAGCCAAAAAGCUUCGAUAAAACCGUAGCCUGUAAUGCCAUUGGCCUCCCUAUUUAUAAGCAUACGACCAGAUGGAAACAAACAAACCAAAAUUCCUCACCACAUCACCAAAAUGGCUCAUCGAACAAUGGCGCCACUCUGUUGGGCCAUAAUCUUCAUUGCAAGCACAUUGACUUCAAAGACUACAAGCACAGUGACUUCAGAAACUAUUACUGCUACUUGUAACUGUAACAAUACGGCUAACCCACCACCACCACCACCUCCACCUCCCCCAGUUCCAUUGACACUCCCUCCUGCGCCAUCAAUGUGUCCACCACCACCACUGCCGUUCCCGUUUCCAUCAACUCCCCCACCACCAUCUGAAAUCAUAUCUCCACCUCCUCCACCAUUAGUGGUUCCCGGUCCUCCACCACCACCGCCGUUCCUGUUUCCAUCGCCUCCCCCACCACCAUCUGAAAUCAUACCUCCACCUCCACCACCAGCAGUGGUUCCUGGUCCCCUACCACCACCGCCGUUCCUGAUUCCAUCGCCUCCCCCACCACCAUCUGUAAUCAUAUCUCCACCUCCUCCACCCUCAGUGGUUCCCGAACCUACCUCUCGUGGCAUCAAAGGUGGCUACUGGCUUUCCUGGCUGGCUGACAAGUUCCCUCCCUCGAAAAUCCCCACCUAUUUUACUCAUAUCUUCUAUUCGUUCCUUGUCAUAGACCCUACUUCUAAUCAGUUGUUGAUCACGCUAACUGAUGAUCAAUUGAUGAAGGAUUUCACAGAUACCAUUCAUGCCCAAAAGCAACCAGCAAAAGCAUUCAUAUCCAUUGGAGGAGCAAAUUCAAACCCCGAUACCUUCUCUAACAUGGCAAGCAACACUGCUUCUCGUGCUGUCUUUAUUAAAUCUACUAUUGAUGUGGCUCGGAAGUAUGGUUUAGAUGGCCUAGACCUCAACUGGGAAUUCCCUAAUACCCCGGAAGACAUGUCCAACCUUGCACUGCUCUUAAAAGAGUGGCGUGGAGCCAUUGAAACCGAGUCACAAACAUCCGGGGAACCUCAAAUUCUUUUGUCUGCAGCUGUUUAUUUUGCUCCUUCUUUUUUCUUCGACCAUCAGGGUACAACAUACCCGGUUGCUGCUCUUAAUACCUUUGCUGAUUUUGUGAGUCCUAUGUGCUUUAAUUAUCAUGGAAACUGGGAUACUUCAGUGACUGGUGCUCAUGCUUUGCUAUAUGACAAGACAAGCAAGAUUAGCACAAGUUUUGGUAUAUCAUCUUGGAAACGGGCUGGGAUGGCUGCGGAGAAGCUUGUAAUGGGACUUCCUCUAUAUGGAUGGACAUGGCAAUUAAAAGACCCUAAUGUAAAUGGCAUUGGAGCUCUUGCUGUUGGCGUAGGUCCUGGGGAUAACGGGACUAUGUCAUACAGUGAAAUUGUGGCCUUCAAUGCUGCAAAUAAUGCCCAAGAAGUGUAUGAUGAGGAUACCGUAUCUACAUACUCGUUUUCCGGGACAACCUGGAUUGGAUACGAUGGACCAGGAUCUAUUACACAGAAAACCAAGUUUGCCCAGAUCCAGGGCCUAGGUGGGUUUUUUGUAUGGGGACUUGGAUACGAUGAUCAAAACGAGUCACUAUCAAAAGCAGCUGCAGCCGUAUGGGAUUCGUGAAGCUAAACGAUGAAAAUCUGGAUUAACUUUCAGACUACACCAAGCUUCAUCGAUGGAAUCACUGACGUUCCGUUUGUGUGUGUGAAAAAUAAUGUUCAUUUCUGUAUGAAGGCAAAUAAGUCAUCAUGUAUUCAUUUGUACGUAUAUUUGAUUAAUCAAACUACAUAUGUACUUUGCAGAAUACUUGUUUGGAAUAAGAGGAAAAACAAAGCAACAGUCAGA